GGUGGGCAGAUCCCCGUCUCGGUUUUCACUCUUCGUUAUGAAGGAGGAGUUUUCUGUUUUAGCUGGCUCGAAUAAAAUCUGAGUGAUCCCUGAAAGUAGACUUUGAUUAGAGCAGAAGGACGAGCUGAAAAGAAGCGGCAACAAUGGCUGUGGCGGGCUGUACGAAAUGCAUAAAAUAUAUGUUAUUCUUCUUUAAUUUUAUUUUCUGGCUGGCCGGAGGUGUGAUCUUAGGAGUGGCCUUGUGGUUACGCCAUGACAGUCAAACCAGCAACCUCCUCAUACUUCAGUUUGAAGGCCAGCAGGCGCCGAGCACCUUUUACAUCAGCGUCUACAUACUCAUCGCUGUCGGAGCUGUCAUGAUGCUUGUGGGAUUCUUGGGAUGUUACGGUGCCAUUCAGGAAUCUCAGUGUCUGCUAGGAACGUUUUUCUUCUUUUUGGUGAUCCUCUUUGCCUGUGAAGUGGCUGCAGCAAUCUGGGGCUUCAUGAACAGGGACACUAUGUCCAAAGAGCUGAUUAAUUUCUAUGACGCUGCGUACAUCAAGGCUGUGGAUGUCACUGGGUCCCCGAGUAAAGACGCAGCCAUCGGUGUGCUGGGUGCUUUCCACACUACACUAAACUGCUGUGGGAAAGGCGAUGACACUCCUCUAUUCAUGCAAGUCCGCUCCACCUUGUGUCCCUCAGGAAUACUUUCUGCACCAAAACCCAAGAGCUGCCACAGUGAACUCGUCGCUCUGUUCUCCGAGAAGCUCCACCUCAUCGGCCUGGCCGCCUUGGUGGUUGCCGUCAUCAUGAUCUUUGAGAUGAUCUUCACCAUGGUGCUCUGCUGUGGGAUUCGCAACAGCCCGGGAGUUUACUAACCGUUUAAAGGCCAGGAGUAAACCACAGCAGCUGAUACCAGAGGGAUCUGUUUCUGUGCACUACAUGUAUAUUAUCCUAUUUACUAUAGAUUAGAUCUUGUUUAUAUAUUACUCAUCUGUCAUUACUUUCAUUUUGACAGUAACUGACCUGUCAUUGCUUUCUUUUAUCCCUUCAGUUUGUUGGAAAAUGUUUCUCUGGCAGGGUUUCUGGGUGUGUAAUAUGUAUAUAAACUUAUUGUUUAUUAGAAAGGAGACAGCGUGAUGAUGUGUGUGUGUGGGGGGGGGACGUGUGUGUGUUCUAACUGGGUAGUUAUUUGUAUUGUAUCUAGCUGCAGGGUGAUUGCUAUUUAUUCUGCAGUGUUUCUGGGAUCAGCAAGGAGGCUUUUCUUUUUCUUUUUUUUUUUCUUUUUUUUCCUCCGAAGAGUUAUUGCAGCGCUAGUGGCUCGUAUUUUUUGCGACAGUAGACAGACAGGGUGAGGAGAGGGGGAAGACAUGUGGCAAAGGUUGCCGGGACCGGGAGUCGAACCCGCGACAUCCGCGUCAAGGACUGAGGCCUCCAAGCGUGGAGCGUGCUAACCCCCUGCGCCACCAGCCAGGAGGCUUUUACUGGACCAUGUGUGUCUUCUAACCUGAAGAAAAAAAAUCAUGCUCUCAUGUUUGUUAACUUGUGAUAUUAUUAAAUAGAGGCAAAACUUUUCUAUUUUCUGCUUAUUCUGAGAAUCCUAAUAAAUUAAACCAAUUGUCAUAUAUAC